AUGGGCGAGUACUCGAAAGCACUUUCAUCGCAUGAACGAGCACUUGAAAUCAAGAAAAUAACUCUUCCUCCGAAUCAUCCCGACUUGGCUGCUUCCUACGGCAACAUCGGUCUGGUGUAUGAUAACAUGGGCGAGUACUCGAAAGCACUUUCAUCGUACGAACGAGCACUUGAAAUCCAAAAAAUAACUCUCCCUCCGAAUCAUCCCGACUUGGCUGCUUCCUACAACAACAUCGGUAACGUGUAUUCUCAGAUGGGCGAGUACUCGAAAGCACUUUCAUCGUACGAACGAUCACUUGAAAUCAAGAAAAUAGCUCUCCCUCCGAAUCAUCCCUCCUUGGCUUCUUCCUACAACAACAUCGGUAAUAUGUAUUAUAACAUGGGCGAAUACUCAAAAGCACUUUCAUCGUAUGAACGAUCAUUUGAAAUUCGUAAAAUAGCUCUCCCUCCGAAUCAUCCCUCCUUGGCUGCUUCCUACAACAACAUCGGUAUGGUAUAUUAUAACAUGGGCGAGCACUCAAAAGCACUUAAAUAUUAUGAAAAAGCUCAAGAGAUAUGGAAAAAUUCACUUCCUUCAACACAUCCACAUAUUGCUCUAGUGAAAAGAAACAUUGAAAAUGUUAAAAAGAAAAUGUAA